GACUUCCUCCCACCUGUUAACUUCUUCUUUUUUACUUCUACAUUCAAAGAAUAGAUUUCUUCUUACAAUACAAAAUAUUCCCAGACCCAUCUUGGUAAACAUAUCAUCAUGGCCAGUGGAAACAGAUCUUCCCUCUUUGUAGGGUUGUCUGCAAUUUUCUAUCUUGUACUUUUAUUCUGUCCCCUCGCUUUCCUUCAAACAGCAAACGCACAGUCCGAUCAGGACCCUCUACAAGAAUCAUAUGGCACAGGUAAACUUCCAAUCUGAUCCCCCUACAAAAUUUCUCUUGCUGACAGGUAUGUCAUUUAGUUAUUGGUAUCGAUCUUGGAACUACCUACUCUUGCGUCGGUGUGAUGCAAAAGGGAAAAGUUGAGAUUUUGGUAAACGAUCAAGGACACAGAAUUACACCCUCAUACGUCGCUUUCACCGAUGAAGAAAGAUUAGUCGGAGAUGCAGCCAAGAACCAGGCUGCUGCCAACCCAAAGAACACUAUUUACGAUGUUAAGUGAGUUCUCAAUUGCUGUGCAUUCACUAGUUUUUUAUACUGACAAGUGUCCUUUUAGACGUAUGAUCGGUCGCAAGUUCAACGACAAGGAUGUUCAAGGUGACAUGAAGCACUUCCCAUUCGACGUUGUCCAAAAGGAUGGCAAGCCUUCCGUACAAGUUGAUUACCAAGGUUCCAAGAAGACUUUCACUCCUGAGGAGAUUUCCGCCAUGAUUCUUGGAAAGAUGAAGGACGUCGCCGAAUCUUACCUCGGAAAGACUGUUACCCACGCAGUUGUUACUGUUCCAGCCUACUUCAACGACAACCAAAGACAAGCCACCAAGGAUGCCGGUAUCAUUGCCGGUUUGAAUGUCCUCCGUAUCGUCAAUGAACCUACCGCCGCAGCUAUUGCUUACGGUUUGGACAAGACUGAGGGUGAACGUCAAAUCAUUGUCUACGAUCUCGGUGGAGGAACUUUCGAUGUUUCACUUCUCUCCAUUGACCGUGGUGUCUUUGAGGUUCUUUCUACUGCCGGUGACACUCACUUGGGAGGAGAAGAUUUCGAUCAAAGAGUCAUCAACUACUUCGCCAAGAAGUACAACAAGGAGAACAGCGUCGAUAUCACCAAGGAUCUCAAGACCAUGGGUAAACUUAAGCGUGAGGCUGAGAAGGCUAAGCGUACUUUGUCCUCCCAAAAGACCACUCGUAUUGAAAUCGAAGCUUUCCACAAUGGUAACGACUUCUCCGAGACUCUCACCAGAGCUAAGUUCGAGGAGCUCAACAUAGAUCUCUUCAAGAAGACCCUCAAGCCUGUUGAACAAGUUCUCAAGGACGCUAAGGUCAAGAAGGCCGAGGUUGAUGACAUCGUCUUAGUCGGAGGUUCCACCCGUAUUCCAAAGGUUCAAGAACUCAUUGAAGAGUACUUCGGAGGUAAGAAGGCUAGCAAGGGUAUUAACCCUGAUGAGGCUGUUGCUUUCGGUGCCGCCGUUCAAGGUGGUGUCUUGUCCGGAGAGGAAGGUACUGAAGAGAUCGUUCUCAUGGACGUCAAUCCAUUGACCCUUGGUAUUGAGACCACUGGAGGUGUUAUGACCAAGUUGAUCCCAAGAAACACUGUCAUCCCAACCCGUAAAUCUCAAAUCUUCUCCACAGCCGCCGACAACCAACCAGUUGUCUUGAUCCAAGUCUUUGAAGGAGAACGUACCAUGACCAAGGAGUAAGUUUCAACGAUUUUAAUUUCCAGAAAUACAUAAUUCUAACAAAUAUCUUCAGUAACAACAACCUCGGUAAAUUCGAGUUGACUGGUAUUCCACCAGCACCACGUGGUGUUCCACAGAUUGAGGUCUCUUUUGAGCUUGACGCCAACGGAAUCUUGAAGGUUACCGCCGGUGACAAGGGUACUGGAAAGAGCGAGUCUAUCACCAUCACUAACGAUAAGGGACGUCUUACUCAAGAAGAAAUUGACCGUAUGGUUCAAGAAGCUGAGAAGUAUGCCGAUGAGGAUAAAGCUACCAAGGAGCGCAUUGAGUCCCGUAACGGCCUUGAGAACUACGCUUUCAGCUUGAAGAACCAAGUAAACGAUGACGAAGGUCUCGGUGGCAAGCUCGAUGAUGAUGACAAGGAGACCGUAAGUUAUUAAUCUUUUCCACCGUGAUUAUUUGAUGCUAACCAUUUUCAUAGAUUUUGGACGCUGUCAAGGAGGCUACUGAGUGGCUCGAGGAGAACGCUGCCACAGCCAAUGCCGAAGAUUUCGAAGAGCAAAAGGAGAAGCUCUCAAAUGUCGCAUACCCAAUCACCAGCAAAUUGUACAGUGGAGGACCAGGAGGUGAUGAUGAGCCAGAGGGACACGAUGAGUUGUAGUUAAGUUUAGAUGGUUCACGGUUUAUGAACCGAAUUGACAUAUGGCACUUUUUUGAUUUUAAAGAUUUGUUAAAGGGACGGUGCAUGCAAAAAUUUACAUUUGCAAUCCGUUUGGGCGUCACACAAAAGAAUAUAAGAUAAAGUUUGAUAUAUGAUGGUUCUU